AUGCCCAAAAUUGCCAUCGUCGGCGCAGGCCCUUCUGGCCUCUCCUUGGCCGCCAUCUUGGAGAAGACCGGCGUCAGCGACUACGUCAUCUACGAGCGUGGUGCCGAGGACGAGCCCCCGCGCGGUGGGUGUCUUGACUUGCAUACCGGCAGUGGCCAACGCGUCAUGAAGGAAGCUGGCCUCUUUGAUCUUUUCAAGGCCAACUCGCGUGACGGCGACGCGACUAUCCACCGUCUGUACAACCAUCAAGGCCAGCAUGUCUAUACAUGGGGCGAAGGUCGGGACGCGCCCGAAAUAGACCGCAAUCAGUUGCGGAAAGUCCUCCUCGACCCCAUCCCCAAGCAUAGGAUCAUCUGGGACAAGGGGAUCCAGAGUUCCUCACGAGAUCCAAAGACAGGACAAGUUGUCCUCACCUUCACGGAUGGAUCCUCAGCCUCGGGUUUUGACCUUGUCGUCGGGGCGGAUGGCACGUUCAGCAAGAUUCGACACCUGAUAACGCCCGCCCGCCCCUCCUUCGCCGGACAGAUUUUCCUCACUACCCUCAUCAAGCCCAACAAUCCAUUCCAUGACACCAUGCAAUCCCUUUGCAAGGCUGGUUCCAUGGUUGUCAUGGGCGAUGGCAAGCAUCUGUUCAACUCACGCCAGGGAGACGGCCACUACCGCGUCGACGUCGGCAUUCUUGGAGCUGAGAACUUGGCAUCCAGCGGCGCCGUCGACUUUGGCAACAUUGGCGCGGUCAAGGACUUCCUCCUCCAGGACAAGUACUUUGGCACGUACUCCAACUCGAUGCAAGACAUCAUUCGGUACAGCGAGGGUCCCUUCCGGCCCUGGAUCAUGUAUCACAUGCCAGUCGAGAGCCUCAACUGGUCACCCUCGCCCGGGGUGACGCUUAUCGGUGACGCUGCGCAUGUUACUACCCCGUUUGUCGGAGAUGGCGUGAAUUGCGCGAUGCGCGACGCCAUCAUACUCUGCAAUAAGCUCAAGGAGUUCGGUGUGACCGACAAAGCGGUAGCCGAAUAUGAGAAGGAGAUGCUUCCAUAUGCGAUUGAUGUAAUUACCAGGAGCCUGGCAAGUGGGCGGAUGUUCUUUGCUGAGGACGCGCCGAAGUCAUUCCUGGAGGCUAUGAGGUCGAAUCCGCUGCUUGGGAAGACCGACGACUACUAG